UAAACCAUUUUCGGAACCUGCAGCGCCAAAAUAUGGUAAAGGAAAACCUAAACAGCAGGAAGUAAAGAUUCUGCAUAUAAAUGUGAGAUCCCUAAGAAGAAAAAUAGAUGAGUUGGAAGCCUUUCUUGUUGAUGAGGACAUUGAUGUACUGUGCCUGACAGAACAUUGGUUGACCAAAGAAGAAAUGGAAGUUGUCCAUUUGCAGGGAUACAUGAUGAGAGGGUCUUCUGAACGGAAGGACUUCACAGAUCUCCUUCAGGGAAUUUUGAUACCUUCUUGGAAUCAAUGGAGGAAAUAUUAACACAAUUGAGUACGAAUAGGCAAAUUAUUCUUGCUGGGGAUUUCAAUGUAAGUUUCAACACAUUAGAUGUUAAUACAAGUAAAUUGUGUGACCUUCUCGCUAGCUUUGGCUUAGAAAGAACAAUCUUUGAACCAACUCGUGGGGACUCCUGUCUUGACAAUGUUUUCCUUAGUAGUGCGAUGGAGCUGUGUGGCUCUCAGGUAUGUGAUAUUGGAAUAUCAGAUCAUAAAGGUCAGCUGGUUAAAUUUCUUGGUUGUGAAACCACAGGUUUUACUCAAAAUAAAAAAAUGUAUAGACCAGUAACACAAAGAGGUUUGUUUAUGUUACACAGUAGGUUGUCGGAGAUAUCUUGGGAUUUCAUUACUGUUGAUAGUACCAGCGGUGAACAAAAGUUUAGCCACUUCAUGGAUAUUCUUCAAGAAGCCUAUACAUACUCUUUUCCAAAGAAAACUUAUGUGGUAAGAUCCGACCAGGGCAAUAAUAUUUCCUGGUUUAAUACCGAACUAAGGGCAAUGAGGGAACAUUUGAGGUUUUUGAGAGAGCUGAAAGGGCAGUAUGGUUUUGUGAGUGACCAGUAUUAUAAAAACUACAAAAAUCUAUAUAGAAAUAAAAUAAGAAAAGCUAAGAUAAAUGCUAAUGACAACCUUGUAAAGAGCUCAAGUAAUCCUGCUAAAACCAUCUGGGAUAUCAUUAACAAAAAAAGAGGUAAGAGUAAUAAGUGCCCUGGGAGCAGUGACCUGUCACCUGAUGACUUUAAUAAUUUUUUUUGUAACAUAGCAGGUAAUAUAGUAAAUCACAUCCCUGAUGUACAUUUAGAUCCUGUUAAUAAUUUUGAUUUCCUGGUACCGCCACCUCUGUUUUCUUUUUCUGAAGUCACAUUUAACGAGGUUCGCGAUGUAAUAGAUAAUCUCAAAAAUAAAAACAGUAAAGAUAUUUUUGGUUUCAAUUUAAAAAUUGUAAAAUGUAUAAAGAACAUAAUUUUGAUCCCUCUAACACGACUGAUUAAUAUUUGUCUUAGAGAAAAUAUUUUUCCAACUGUUCUAAAGAGAGCUAGUGUCACACCUAUUUUUAAGAACGGCAAUGUUGAUUCACCAGAGAACUACAGACCUAUAUCCCUUCUUCCAGUUAUCUCUAAGAUCUUUGAAAAAUGUAUGGCUUUGAGACUGGUAACCUUUUUUGAGGAAAAUGAAUUGUUUUCACAAUAUCAGUUUGGUUUUCGCCAGGGUAAGAGCACUGUUAUGGGUGUACUUAACCUGAUUUCUUCUAUAAUUGAUGCUUUCCAUGGAGGAGGGUAUAACACGGUUCUUUUCUGCGAUCUUAGUAAGGCAUUUGAUUGUGUGAGUCAUGACAUCCUUUUAAAAAAGCUCCUUGCUUACAACUUUAGUUAUGAUUCCAUUAAACUAAUUGAGUCUUACCUUAGUAAUAGAACUCAGGUGGUGAGAUGUGAUGGAGUGACAUCAGCGGAGCGAAGUGUUAAUAUUGGCGUCCCACAGGGCUCCAUCUUGGGCCCAAUUCUUUUUUUAAUUUACAUAAAUGAUUUACCUCUCAAUAACAAUAUUGCAAACUUUACUCUGUUCGCGGAUGAUACGACCGUCUCUCACACCGCUAACAGUUUUGAGCGCUCAAUGGCACAGUCUCUGGCUGCGCAGGAUGAGGCUGAGCUGUGGUUUUGCUCCAAUAAGCUGUUGCUAAAUAAAGAUAAGACAAAGAGAAUGGUGUUCUCCAUGCGAAGCCUGCCUGGAGACAGUGAUUUGGUUGGUGAAGCCAAGUUUCUGGGGGUUACUUUGGAUCCAAGAUUGCAAUGGGGCCUUCACAUUGACAGUGUUGCUGGAAAGGCCACCAAAGGUAUAUAUGUGCUACGGAGUUUGUCUUCUUGUGUUUCUGUAGAAAUAUUGAGAAUGGCUUACUUUGCCAUUUGCCAUUCACAUAUAUCCUACGCCAUUCUGGCUUGGGGGCAUUCUUCAGGGAUCCAUAGACUGUUCGCCUUGCAAAGAAGAGCAGUUAGGGUUGUGAGCCGUCUGGGCUACAGGGACGAUUGCAGAGAUACCUUUGUCAAGUUGGGAAUCCUUACUGUGCCUUGUUUAUAUAUUUUUGAAAAUCUACUAUUCGUUAAAAGAAACUCUAACUAUGUAACUCAUGGGGACGUCCAUGAGCACAAUACUAGGCAUAAGAACAAUCUCGUACCUCCUUAUUGGCGACUGAGAAGGUGUCAAGAUGGACCUGGUUAUUGGGCGGUCAAAUUUUUUAAUGUACUUCCAGAUGGCUUAAAAUCGCUUCCGUUUAAAGAUUUCAAAGGUCAAAUCAAGAAAAUUCUUAUUAAUAACUCAUUUUACACGUUUGAAGAGUUUUUAAGACAUAAAUUUUAACUAUAAAUCUUAAUAUGUUAUGUUAGCGUUAUAUCUUUAUGAGUGCUGGUGUACUUGUUUGUAAUUUUUUAUGAUCAUUAGCACUUGCUUUGUUUUAAUUCUAAUGCAAUUCUCAUUUGAU